CGUGCUCGCUCGCGCCAGGCGAGUCUCCGCGUCUCCCUCGCGAACUCGGUGAAAGGAAUUGGCGCCGUUCGACACCAGGCGGGUCCGCUCUGCAGCACGAACCCACCUCCAGCCGCAGCCGCAGCCGCCGCCCGGGCCGAGGAGCAGCCGCAGCAGCCGCCACCAGUGGCCGAGUGAGCGGAGCCGAGUUUGAGCCAGCGCCUAGCGGUGAAUCGGGGCCCUCACCAUGAGUUCCUCGCCUGUUAAUGUAAAAAAGCUGAAGGUCUCGGAGCUGAAAGAGGAGCUCAAGAAGCGGCGCCUUUCCGACAAGGGCCUCAAGGCCGAGCUCAUGGAGCGACUCCAGGCCGCGCUGGACGACGAGGAGGCCGGGGGCCGCCCCGCCAUGGAGCCCGGGAACGGCAGCCUAGACCUGGGCGGGGAUUCCGCCGGGCGCUCGGGAGCAGGCCUCGAGCAGGAGGCCGCGGCCGGCGGCGACGAGGAAGAGGAAGAGGAGGAAGAGGAGGAGGAAGGGAUCGCCGCCCUGGAUGGCGACCAGAUGGAGCUAGGGGAGGAGAACGGGGCCGCGGGGGCGGCCGACGCGGGCCCGAUGGAGGAGGAGGAGGCCGCCUCGGAAGACGAGAACGGCGACGAUCAGGGCUUCCAGGAAGGGGAGGAUGAGCUCGGUGACGAGGAGGAAGGCGCGGGCGACGAGAACGGGCACGGGGAGCAGCAGCCUCAACCGCCGGCGACGCCGCAGCAACAGCCCCCACAGCAGCGCGGGGCCGCCAAGGAGGCCGCGGGGAAGAGCAGCGGCCCCACCUCGCUGUUCGCGGUGACGGUGGCGCCGCCCGGGGCGAGGCAGGGCCAGCAGCAGGCGGGAGGUAAGAAGAAGGCGGAAGGCGGCGGAGGCGGCGGUCGCCCCGGGGCUCCGGCGGCGGGAGACGGCAAAACAGAGCAGAAAGGCGGAGAUAAAAAGAGAGGGGUGAAAAGACCUCGAGAAGAUCAUGGCCGUGGAUAUUUUGAGUACAUUGAAGAGAACAAGUAUAGCAGAGCCAAAUCUCCUCAGCCACCUGUUGAAGAAGAAGAUGAGCACUUCGAUGACACAGUGGUUUGUCUUGAUACUUAUAAUUGUGAUCUACAUUUUAAAAUAUCAAGAGACCGCCUCAGUGCUUCUUCCCUCACUAUGGAGAGUUUUGCUUUUCUUUGGGCUGGAGGAAGGGCAUCUUAUGGUGUGUCAAAAGGCAAAGUCUGUUUUGAGAUGAAGGUUACAGAGAAGAUCCCAGUAAGGCAUUUAUAUACAAAAGACAUUGACAUACAUGAAGUUCGGAUUGGCUGGUCACUAACCACAAGUGGAAUGUUGCUUGGUGAAGAAGAAUUUUCUUAUGGGUAUUCUCUUAAAGGAAUAAAAACAUGCAACUGUGAGACUGAAGAUUAUGGAGAGAAAUUUGAUGAAAAUGAUGUGAUUACAUGUUUUGCGAACUUUGACAGUGAUGAAGUAGAGCUCUCCUAUGCAAAGAAUGGGCAAGAUCUUGGCAUUGCCUUCAAAAUCAGUAAGGAAAUUCUUGCUGGAAGGCCACUCUUUCCGCAUGUUCUCUGCCACAACUGUGCAGUUGAAUUUAAUUUUGGUCAGAAGGAAAAGCCAUAUUUUCCGAUACCGGAAGAUUAUACUUUUAUCCAGAAUGUCCCCUUAGAGGAUCGAGUUAGAGGACCAAAGGGGCCUGAAGAGAAGAAAGAUUGUGAGGUUGUUAUGAUGAUUGGUUUGCCAGGAGCUGGGAAAACGACCUGGGUUACUAAACACGCAGCAGAGAAUCCUGGUAAAUACAACAUUCUUGGAACAAACACCAUAAUGGAUAAAAUGAUGGUGGCAGGGUUUAAGAAGCAGAUGGCUGAUACUGGAAAACUGAACACGCUGUUGCAGAGAGCUCCCCAGUGUCUUGGAAAGUUUAUUGAGAUUGCUGCCCGUAAGAAGCGAAAUUUCAUUCUGGAUCAGACAAACGUGUCUGCUGCUGCCCAGAGGAGAAAAAUGUGCCUGUUCGCAGGCUUCCAACGAAAAGCUGUUGUAGUUUGCCCGAAAGAUGAAGACUACAAGCAAAGAACACAAAAGAAAGCAGAAGUUGAGGGAAAAGACCUACCAGAACAUGCAGUCCUCAAAAUGAAAGGAAACUUCACGCUGCCCGAGGUAGCUGAGUGCUUUGAUGAAAUAACCUAUGUUGAACUGCAGAAGGAGGAAGCCCAAAAACUUCUGGAGCAAUAUAAGGAAGAAAGCAAAAAGGCGCUUCCGCCAGAAAAGAAACAGAAUACUGGCUCAAAGAAGAGCAAUAAAAAUAAGAGUGGCAAGAAUCAGUUCAACAGAGGCGGCGGCCACAGAGGCCGUGGCGGCUUCAACAUGCGUGGUGGCAACUUCCGAGGAGGAGCUCCUGGGAACCGCGGCGGCUAUAACCGGAGGGGCAACAUGCCCCAGAGAGGUGGCGGCGGCGGGGGCAGCGGCGGCAUUGGCUACCCGUACCCUCGCGGCCCUGUGUUCCCCAGCCGAGGCGGCUACUCCAACAGAGGCAACUACAGCAGAGGUGGGAUGCCCAACAGAGGGAACUACAACCAGAACUUCAGAGGACGAGGAAACAAUCGCGGCUACAAAAAUCAAUCUCAGGGCUACAACCAGUGGCAGCAGGGUCAAUUCUGGGGUCAGAAGCCAUGGAGUCAGCAUUAUCACCAAGGAUAUUAUUGAAUACCCAAAUAAAACGAACUGAUACAUAUUUCUCCAAAACCUUCACAAGAAGUCGACUGUUUUCUUUAGUAGGCUAACUUUUUAAACAUUCCACAAGAGGAAGUGCCUGCGGGUUCCUUUUUUAGAAGCUUUGUGGGUUGAUUUUUUUUUCUUUUCUUUUUUGUACAUUUUUAAUUGCAGUUUUAAAGUGAAUCGUAAGAGAACCUCAGCAUUGUGCACGAUAAGAGAAUGUGUCAGUAUUUCAGGGUUCUACAUUUUAUCUGUAAAAUGUGACUUUUUUUUUUAUCACAACAAAAGUAAAAUGUUGCUUUGUACCUGGUGUCUUUUAUUAAGAAUUUACUCCCCCCAUUUCUCACAGAGAUAACAGUCGGGAGUCAUUGUCACAAUAUAAUAGAAAUGUUAGCAACCAGAUUCAUGUAAGGACUAAGUAGUCCUCAUGAAUUGCAUAAGACUCUGUACUGCUCAUAGUACACUCCAUCCUCUCUGUAGUUUGCUGAGUAGUGGAGGGGGAAGGCUUCAAGAGUAGUUUCCGACAAUAACUGGGAAGGCUUUUUCUUUUUUUAAACAAUGGAAUUGGCAUAAUUGGGAAUGAAGAUAAAACUUGGAACCAAGAUAGAGAAGAUGGAGUGUAUGUAGAAGGGCUGUUAAAAAUGUAAAACUUGGUUGCAUUAUUUGUGGAGGCUCAAACUUGUGAAGGUUCAAUACCAUACUUUUUCCAUUUGUUCUGCAUUUUGAUUCUGAAAAGAAAGCUGGCUUUGCCCAUUUCUUAUUAAAAAAACUUGUUGUAAA